AUGAGUGAGUAAUUGAGAGUAAGAUGUGAAAAAUAUCAAAAACGCGUUAAGGACUAAUCAGCAAUCGGAGGUUUGACCAGCGGCAUGGUCACAGUGCUACUCGAUGUUUGGCCCUUCUGCUUUCCGUGCUCACAAUGGUUUUUUUGUUUGUGAAAUCAUCUCAUUUCAACCAUUUUUCAGAUCGGUUCCGGAUUCAUAAUUGGAUUCGGUAUCCAGACUCUGGUCGAAGUAUCGUUCACGGCUUCAGUGAUCGGAACCAAUGAAAUCAUAUACUGUCCAUACUUGUUGAUUAUCAUUGGAAUAUUGAGUUUUGUGAUGACACCUGUUGGAUUCUACUCAAUUAUUCUAAAUGACAACAAAGUAAUGGUCAUUCACAUGCUCGCCACAUUUUUCUUAGGAACAAUGUGUGCAAUGUGCGCUUUUUUGGGAUACGAUUUGAACACACAUGUAAGAGUUUCAUUCUAAGAAGUUCUAUUAAAGAAAUUGUGGUUUCAGAUGAGUAGCAAAGACCUGGCAUCUUUCAUGAAAACAUCCAUAAAAGAAGACUAUGGAAACCCAAACGCGCCUUACAUUGCAGAGGACUGGGAUCAAGCCCAUCAACAGGUAAAUCCUCUUGAAUUGUAUCAUUCUGAAGGAGAUAUUCCAGUUCAAAUGCUGUGGAGUACGAAGUUUGAACGACUUUGUGGAAAGCAAAUGGUACAUCAAACAAAAAUCCCAUCCUAGGCGACGAAUUCCGGACAGUUGUUGUGCGAGUUGUUCUGCCAUGCAUGAAAAGUAAGUAAAUAAAUGCAGUUUAUGUAGUCCGCUAACUCAACUUCAGAUUCUGUGUCGCUUUUUUCAAAGAGCCCGGCGACGACGCAUCAAAACUGCUAAAGAAUCAAACCAUUUGUUUACAAGGUGAGUACUACUUCAAAUUAUUUUGA